AUGGAUGCCAAGAUUCAUCUGGAGGCAGGAAAUCUUGGGGAAACCAUUAAGGAGGAUAACAGUGCAUCCUCUCAAGAUCAGGCGAAUGCCAUAAUCUUUCUCCGUCGCCACCUUGAUGAAGGACUGAAUAUCAAGUACCUCAUUGUGAACACGAAAAAGGCACUGAAAGAUAGAUGCAAUCACCAGAAGACAGUGAUUCUUCCAAGGGCUCGUUAUGAGUGGGCUCACCUAAGGAUUCAGGAUUUCAAGACGGUGGCUAAGCACAAUUCUGCUAUGUUCAGAAUUACUUCCCAGUUUAAGCUCUGUGGAGAAAUGAUCACUGAGGAAGAUAUACUGGAAAAGACUUUCAGCACUUUUCAUGCCUCUAACGUGCUCCUGCAGCAACAGUAUAGAGAAAGAAGUUUUACUGAGUAUAACCAGUUGAUAUUUGUACUCCUCGUGGCUGAACAACACAAUGAGCUUCUGAUGAAGAAUCAUCAGUCCCAGCCUACUGGAUCUGCACCAUUCCUAGAAGUGAAUGCUGUUUCGCUUAAAGGGAAUACCACAUCCUCUUCGUGGCAAUAA